CCCUUCCGCAUCCUCCAGAUCCCCUGCAACGUUCCCUAGGCCAAGGGCAAAGCGCAACACCGCAAAGCAAAAGGCCGGUUCUCUCUCUCCUCUCUUCUUCUCUCCUUGCUCUCUUUUUAUAGCGUUUUUUUCUUUUAAGAGAGGAUUUCUCUUUUCCAUCACCUCAUCUUCUGGUAUAGUCCUCUGGCCCUUGUGGUGUGGUCUCGCUUCCUUUUUUUUCCUCUUUCUGGAAGGCGAGAAAGGGUGCGAGCGAGCUCCCGGAGAGGGAUCUGGAGAAAUGCGGGCUCCGAUCGAGGGAGAUUAGGGCUCGAGAGCGGCGGCGGAAGAAUGCGGCACUUGGGCGCGGAGGGCGACGCAAGCUCCACCAAGAGACGAGGAGGAGGCGGCAGCGAGGAGGAGGAGGGGGAGGAAAGGGAGAAGCCGUUGCUGGCGGCGCCGCUGGCAAGGGUCACGACCGUGGCCGUAGCGCACCAUCACCACCACCACCACCACCACCACCAUCACCAGCCGAGGAACAGAUCACAGGGCGGUGGGCGGCGGGUGACGCCGACCACCGGCCUAGGGGAGGGGGAAGCCGAGGCGGUGGUGGAGAAAGUGCUGCCGAACGGGGAUCUGUACAAGGGAGGGUUCGCCGGGAACCAGCCGCACGGGAAGGGGAAGUAUCUCUGGGCUGACGGGUGCAUGUACGAGGGGGAGUGGCGGCGGGGGAAGGCGGCCGGGAAGGGCAAGUUCUCGUGGCCGUCUGGGGCGACCUUCGAGGGCGAGUUCCGGUCCGGGCGGAUGGAGGGCUUCGGGACGUUCACCGGAUCGGAGGGCGACACGUACCGGGGGUCGUGGAUCGCAGACCGGAAACACGGGUACGGGAGCAAGUGGUACGCGAACGGGGACUACUACGAGGGGACGUGGCGGCGGAACCUCCAGGAGGGGCACGGCCGGUACUUGUGGCGGAACGGGAACCAGUACGUCGGGGAGUGGCGGAACGGGGUCAUCUCCGGUCGCGGGGUCCUCAUUUGGGCCAACGGCAACCGCUACGACGGCCAGUGGGAGAACGGUGUCCCCAAGGGGAGCGGCGUCUACUCCUGGCCGGACGGUAGCUGUUAUGUCGGCAGCUGGAGCAAGGGCGAGCCGAAGACCCUUAAUGGCACCUACUGCCCGGGCGCCGGCGGCGGACGGAAGGAGAUCGCCGGCGGGAGGAGGAGCCCCUUCUCGCCUCUGGCUGAUGCACUGUUGCCGGCAUCGAGGAAGAGGUCGUCGGUGGACGGAGCGCCGGGGAGGGUGAGCGCCGCCACCGCCGAGAAGAACUUCCCCAGGAUCUGCAUCUGGGAGUCGGACGGCGAGGCUGGGGACAUCACGUGCGAUAUCAUCGACACGCUCGAGGCGUCGAUGCUGUACAGGGACGGGACUUCCUUCGAGCCGGGCGGCGAGGACCUCGGAGCCGGUCAGCGGCGCCGGAGCCCGGGCAGCUUGACUGCAGGGGAUGUGAAGAAGCCCGGGCAGACGAUUUCCAAAGGCCACAAGAACUACGAUCUCAUGUUAAACCUUCAAUUGGGCAUCAGAUACUCUGUUGGGAAGCCAGCUUCGAUGCAGAUGAGAGACCUCAGACCAGCAGAUUUCGACCCAAGGGAGAAGUUUUGGACGAGGUUUCCUCCCGAGGGAUCCAAGAUUACUCCACCCCACCAGUCUGUCGAGUUUCGGUGGAAGGAUUAUUGCCCCAUGGUCUUCAGACACUUGAGAAAGUUGUUUUCUGUGGAUCCGGCUGAUUAUAUGGUCGCUAUCUGUGGGGAUGACGCAUUGAGGGAACUGUCUUCGCCUGGGAAGAGUGGGAGUUUCUUCUACCUGACCCAGGAUGACAGAUUCAUGAUCAAGACAGUGAAAAAAUCUGAAGUAAAGGUACUUAUUAGGAUGUUACCCAGUUAUUAUGAACAUGUUCGUCGAUAUGAGAACUCGCUAGUCACAAAGUUCUAUGGUGUGCACUGUGUAAAGCCAAUAGGUGGGCAGAAGGUCCGUUUCAUUGUAAUGGGCAAUCUGUUCUGCUCAGAGUAUCGUAUCCACAGGCGAUUUGACCUGAAAGGCUCAUCCCAUGGUCGAACAACUGAUAAGGCUGAAGCAGAGAUUGAUGAGACGACCACCCUCAAGGACCUUGACCUCAAUUUUGUAUUUCGCCUGCAAAGACAUUGGUUUAAAGAAUUUAUUCUACAAAUUAAGCGGGACUGUGAAUUCUUGGAAGCAGAGAGGAUUAUGGAUUAUAGUCUCUUGGUGGGACUUCACUUCCGCGAUGAUGUUUCAGCUUCUAAGAUGGGUCUAUCUCCAUACAUUGCUUCUCCAAAUUUUUUUGGCGAGAGGGAAUCAUUUCGAGGUGGAGGGAGAUUGUCCGAGUUUCGCUUCUCAGUGUCAGGCUGUCAGGAUAUGGAUUGGAUUCUGGACGGCUGGAAGCCAUUGAUUCGGUUGGGUGCAAACAUGCCGGCAAGAGCAGAGCACGUGCUGAGGAGUGAAUCCGAGCCAUGUCCUCUGAUUGGAGGAGGGUUGUUGACAUCUACCCAAAGUGGUGAAAUCUAUGAUGUGAUCCUCUAUUUUGGGAUAAUUGACAUCCUCCAGGAUUAUGAUAUCGCUAAGAAGCUGGAGCAUGCCUACAAGUCAUUGCAGGCGGAUCCGAAUUCCAUCUCAGCAGUGGAUCCGAAGCUCUACUCCAGAAGGUUCCAAGACUUCAUAAGUAAAAUCUUUGUGAAGGACGAGUGAUAAGGAAAUAAACAGAACAGACACCUAGGACAAAAUUUGAGCAUCCACAGUAGAAAUGUUCAGGAAAAAAAAGACCGAAUUAGAUAGAACCAUGGAGGAGGGACUUCUGUGAUUUGAGGGAUGUUCUAUGUGCGCUCAGCAGCCAUCGGCAAUUGAUGCAUAUUUAUAUAUCUGCAGCUCCAUGGUAGGAAGGGGAGAGCUGAAAAUGCUGACGAAUUGGGGACAUGUUUUGCUCAUGGGGAAGCAAUUACAAGGUUGCUAUAACUGGCGGGUAAGGCUGAAUUUUGAAGCUCAGCCAUGGGGAAGGCUUGUACAUGCAAUUUGGUGAGGAGAAUUGGAUUUUAGAUUUUUUUUUCUUCCUCUUUUUUUCCUUUUCUUCCUGCUGCUUUGUUUCUUCUUUUUUUUUUUGGCCCCCUAAUGUUAAGAUAGGGAGGGAUUAGAAUUUUUAUUUCCUUAAAAGAAGGAUUCUUAAGUUAUUGGUUAUGUAAUAAGAAAUGUACAUGCAGACAACGGUCAUGAGGAUGGCUGAAUCAGAUUUAAAUUACCCACUGCUGUAUGUUGGCCGCUCA